CCGGGCCCCGAUGAGUAACUCCCGAAAUAACCGGGUGAUGGUGGAAGGGGUCGGGGCCCGGGUAGUGCGCGGCCCAGAUUGGAAGUGGGGGAAGCAGGACGGCGGAGAGGGUCAUGUGGGCACCGUCCGGAGCUUCGAGAGCCCCGAGGAGGUGGUGGUGGUGUGGGACAACGGCACCGCCGCCAACUACCGCUGCUCUGGGGCCUACGACCUGCGCAUCCUGGACAGCGCGCCCACCGGCAUCAAGCAUGAUGGAACUAUGUGUGACACCUGUCGCCAACAACCAAUCAUUGGCAUUCGAUGGAAAUGUGCAGAGUGUACAAAUUAUGAUUUGUGCACAGUUUGUUAUCAUGGAGAUAAACACCAUUUAAGGCAUCGCUUUUACAGAAUUACUACACCAGGAAGUGAACGGGUUUUGUUAGAGUCUCGUAGAAAAUCUAAGAAGAUUACAGCCAGAGGAAUCUUUGCAGGUGCCAGAGUGGUACGAGGAGUGGACUGGCAGUGGGAAGAUCAAGAUGGAGGAAAUGGGCGUAGGGGAAAGGUAACGGAAAUCCAAGACUGGAGUGCAUCAAGCCCACAUAGUGCAGCGUAUGUUCUCUGGGAUAAUGGUGCUAAGAACCUCUACAGAGUUGGCUUUGAGGGCAUGUCUGACCUGAAGUGUGUUCAAGAUGCCAAAGGAGGUUCUUUCUACAGAGAUCAUUGCCCUGUGCUAGGUGAGCAGAAUGGCAACAGGAAUCCUGGAGGAUUGCAGAUUGGUGACCUGGUGAAUAUAGAUCUUGACCUAGAAAUUGUACAGUCUUUGCAACAUGGUCAUGGAGGAUGGACUGAUGGAAUGUUUGAGACUUUAACUACAACUGGAACUGUUUGUGGCAUUGAUGAAGACCAUGACAUUGUAGUACAGUAUCCAAGUGGCAAUAGAUGGACCUUCAAUCCUGCUGUUCUCACUAAAGCAAACAUUGUCCGAAGUGGGGAUGCUGCACAGGGUGCAGAAGGAGGGACUUCACAGUUUCAAGUGGGUGAUCUUGUGCAAGUUUGCUAUGAUCUGGAAAGAAUUAAACUUCUACAAAGAGGACAUGGUGAAUGGGCUGAAGCAAUGCUUCCAACUUUAGGUAAAGUUGGCCGAGUACAACAGAUUUAUUCAGACAGUGAUUUAAAAGUGGAAGUUUGUGGAACAUCUUGGACUUAUAAUCCAGCAGCAGUUUCCAAGGUAGCAUCCGCAGGAUCAGCCAUUAGCAAUGCAUCUGGUGAAAGACUCUCACAACUCCUGAAGAAAUUAUUUGAAACUCAAGAAUCUGGUGACCUCAAUGAAGAAUUAGUUAAGGCUGCUGCCAAUGGAGAUGUUGCUAAAGUGGAAGAUUUGCUAAAAAGACCAGAUGUGGAUGUAAAUGGGCAAUGUGCUGGCCAUACAGCUAUGCAAGCGGCUAGUCAAAAUGGACAUGUUGAUAUUUUGAAGUUACUUCUGAAGCAAAAUGUGGAUGUAGAAGCAGAGGAUAAAGAUGGAGAUAGAGCAGUUCACCAUGCAGCCUUUGGAGAUGAAGGUGCUGUUAUAGAAGUAUUACACCGGGGUAGUGCUGAUUUGAAUGCUCGCAACAAGCGUCGACAGACACCACUUCACAUUGCUGUCAAUAAAGGUCAUCUUCAAGUUGUAAAGACUUUAUUGGACUUUGGUUGUCAUCCUAGUCUCCAGGAUUCUGAAGGUGAUACCCCUCUUCAUGAUGCCAUAAGUAAGAAACGUGAUGAUAUCCUGGCAGUUCUUUUGGAAGCUGGAGCGGAUGUUACCAUCACAAACAAUAAUGGAUUUAAUGCUCUACAUCAUGCUGCACUAAGAGGAAAUCCCAGUGCAAUGCGUGUUUUACUCUCAAAAUUACCAAGACCAUGGAUUGUGGAUGAGAAGAAAGAUGAUGGUUAUACUGCCUUGCAUCUGGCUGCCCUUAAUAAUCACGUAGAAGUGGCUGAGCUGUUGGUACAUCAGGGUAAUGCAAACCUAGAUAUCCAGAAUGUGAACCAACAGACUGCCCUACACCUUGCUGUUGAGCGACAACAUACCCAAAUUGUUAGGCUUUUGGUUCGUGCAGGUGCCAAACUAGAUAUUCAGGAUAAGGAUGGAGAUACUCCUUUGCAUGAAGCUCUGAGGCAUCACACUUUGUCUCAGCUACGUCAGCUGCAGGAUAUGCAGGAUGUGGGGAAGGUAGAUGCAGCCUGGGAGCCGUCAAAAAACACAUUAAUAAUGGGACUUGGUACCCAGGGGGCAGAGAAGAAGAGUGCAGCAUCUAUUGCCUGUUUCUUGGCAGCCAAUGGCGCUGACCUUAGCAUUCGAAAUAAGAAGGGUCAAUCUCCACUUGAUCUCUGUCCUGAUCCAAGUCUCUGCAAAGCGUUGGCAAAGUGUCAUAAAGAAAAAGUCAGUGGUCAAGUGGGUUCUCGAAGUCCUUCUAUGAUCAGUAAUGAUUCUGAAACCUUAGAAGAAUGUAUGGUGUGCUCAGAUAUGAAGAGAGACACUCUUUUUGGCCCUUGUGGACAUAUUGCAACCUGUUCUUUAUGUUCUCCACGAGUCAAAAAAUGCCUCAUCUGUAAAGAACAAGUUCAGUCCAGGACAAAGAUUGAAGAAUGUGUGGUAUGCUCUGACAAGAAAGCAGCUGUUCUUUUUCAGCCUUGUGGACACAUGUGUGCUUGUGAGAAUUGUGCUAGCCUAAUGAAAAAGUGUGUACAGUGUCGGGCAGUAGUUGAACGGAGAGUGCCUUUCAUUAUGUGCUGUGGAGGAAAAAGUUCAGAAGAUGCCACUGAUGAUAUCUCAAGCGGGAAUAUUCCAGUAUUACAAAAGGACAAGGAUAAUACCAAUGUCAAUGCAGAUGUGCAAAAGUUGCAGCAACAGUUACAGGACAUUAAGGAGCAGACAAUGUGCCCUGUGUGUUUGGAUCGUCUGAAGAAUAUGAUUUUCCUCUGUGGCCACGGAACAUGCCAGCUCUGUGGAGACCGAAUGAGUGAAUGUCCAAUUUGUCGCAAGGCUAUUGAACGAAGGAUUCUUUUGUACUGACUAAGAAACACAGAGUGUUUUGUUAGCUAAAGUAUGUGGUCAUGGGAUCUUUGUAGGCUUUUAACCUAGUUGGAAGUUCUAAUGAAGUAAUUUUUCAUAUCAUAGUUUCUUUACUAGAGUACAAUUUGCCUAUCAAUGUACUAGAAGAACAAAACUCUUCAGUUUUGAUAUCAUGAUUUUUGUUUAUUUUUGUUUUCUUCUUCUUUUAAACUGGAAACAUUAAAUCCAUGAUAAUUCAUAGGUAAUUUCCUUUUAAGUUCUAAGGGGAAAAUCCUUUAAGGAUCUCCUUUUAUUUUUCUUUUUAUUGCAUUUUCUCUUUAUAAAUUUGUUAAACUCAAAAAAUGUAUUUCCAUGUACAUUUGUAUCUUUCAGUUUAUUAUGAUUUUAUACAAUGAAAUGGCAUGGGUACUCUGAGAUGUAAUGCAUCAAGUGAAAACAGCAAGUCAAAUUAUUAUGUCACAUGUUAAAUGAUAAAAUUAUACUACAAAUUCCACAUGAUUAAGGGACUAUUGAAGAGAAGAUUCUGUUUUUAAGAUAAUGAGAAGUUAUCCAAAUGUUUGUUUCUGAAAUCUUAGUAUCAUUGGAAGCAUAGAUUAAGAGAAUAUUGACUCUGCAUUUACCUUGUUUUCCAAAUUUAAAAGGAAAACUGAAUCAGAUUACAGUUUUAAACAAUCAUAGUGAAGAACUGAAGAGGGGGGCAAUAAAAAAGUACCUAUUAACUGACCAUUAACAGUUGCAUUUCUAAUAUAAAUUUAUGCAGUCAGCCAUUUAAAAAUACCUGUGAAAAGUGUACUUCAGUUUUCCCUGUGAUUACUUAUCUGGGCUUGAUCUAAACAGUGCAAUGAUAUAGCCCCAUUUGGGCCUCUGAGGUUCUAUUCAGCUUGAAUUCCUUGUCCAAAGGCAGCAAUUUUUUUCCUCUCUAUAUCUAUUCUGACAGUAUUACUGAUUUUAUCUUCAUCAAAGGCCUUACUUCCAUUAUUCUCUCUCAAAUAGUAACUCCUUCUAUAAUGAAAACAGUUUCUUUAUAUCUACAGAUGAAGAUAUUAUUUAAACUGCCAACAAUAUCCAAGAUACAGUAAAUAACUUAAUAACUGAUACUUGUUUAGAAAGAGUACCCAGACAUUUAUAGAAAUAUGUCUGAUUGCUUGUAUAAUAUUCGGGGGGGGGUGCACACUUGACUCUAGAGCUUCUAAUUGUUUUCUCUCCUUUGAAUGAGUGAUCUUUUGUAUCUAGGGUAAAUAUAUACACAAAUGUUUUGGGGUUCCUUGCUGCUAGAUUAUUAAAAAAAAUCAGCUGUUUACAAUAAUACCUACUAUGUACUGUGUAUAAGCAUACUUCUAAGUAUAGUGGAUUUUUUUUUGUAGUUUUUUUCGCCCUUUAAAUCUGGCUAGCUUUUCUUAUUUCUGUUUUUCUUCUGUAACACCUGAAUGUGAAAAUAUGAAGUGUCUAGCCCUCAAAGCACUGUUACUGGCUGUUUAAUUAUUAGCUGGCUUGCUUAUGGGAUUGUCUUAGCAAUCCCAUAUCUGUGUUUAGCUGAGUAAUCUUUAUUAUUUUGAAUAGUAAAGUUUUUAUAAAUUUCAAAUUUGAAACUUUAUGUUGACUAUUCAGUUAUCUAGAAAGGGGCCACUGAGACUAUUUUUAAAGCAUAUUUUGAGCUUCGUUUUUUAAAAAGAUGAUGUUCACAUAGGGAGACAGACUUAUUGCAAAUUUGAAAAAAGCAGAAGUAGGGAUUUUUCUUUUCUUCCAAUCCAUAGACUACCCAUAUUUCCACUAGGUCAGCAGGUAAGAAGGGAGCACCUGGCUGACUCUUGUAAUUUGGCCAAUCUGAGAACUGUGGAAAGGCUUAGUUGUUUUUCAUUGAAGACUCUUUUGUCUUCUGAAGCUGCAGUGCUAAAAUUUAUAUCCCUAAAAGGCAAUAUCAUCUUCCAAGCUAAUUUAAUUAUUUCCAUCAUAUGAGAAAUUGUUUUCUAUUAUAGAAGUUACAAAGUGACUAUAAACUUCAGUGCUAAAUACUUGCAGACUUUAUCUGUAUCACUUUGAAGUUUGUUUAAUAAAUAGAAAAUGUUUUUCUUCAUGUUUUCAAGCACCUAAAAAUUAACGUUUUUGAGUUUGUGAGAGAGAAUAAGAUUAAGAAUUUAAUCAUUUAAGUGACUUUUCUCCAACUCACUGAAACUGCUACCUCUUAUAUGUCUUUCAGCAGUACUUUGCCAAUUAGAUGUUUCCUUCUCAUUAUGUAAACCUUUUUUAUCCUGUGUUUAAAAGAACUGUUUUCCUAGAAUCAUUAAAAAAAAAAACCAUGCAUUUAUUUAAAAACUGUAUUUAUUGAGCUUCAGGGGCUAGAUACACAAUGUUGGAAAAAAAAGGGAGGGGUCAGCCUCUUAGCACUCUCAGAAUUUAUUGUGUGGCAGUUGUAUAUUUGAAGUCCUAUCUGUAGAGGAAAGAAAGAAAUCCAAAGGCACUGAUAGCAUUGCUUCCUAAUGUUUUAGAAAACUUGUCAGUGAGUAAUAUUUGGAUUCCCUUUCUAUGCCCCCUCACCCUCCCACAUUUUCUUCUUUAUUCUUCUAAGACUGUCAGCUCUGUUACUCCAGACACACACAACUUACCAGAUGGUGCUAUCCUAAUUGUAUGUAUUCACAUCAUUUAACAUUUUUACUUAUACUGUAUACAUAUUUAAUUUUGUCAGGAGAAAGAUGUCAAGAAAAGAUAAUUUUGUAUUAGUGAAGGAACUUUAUUAGACAAGUGUUUAGCUGGACAAAUUAUGCUUGAAAUAUUUUUAAUUUUAAACAUUGCGAAUUAACCAGUUAGCUAUUUGAAGCAUACAAUUAAUUGAUAGAUAAUAUUGCAAAUAACUUUGUCAUAUUUUUUAAUGGCUUUAGCCAUUAAGAGCAUGCUAGCAUAUUGAAAUGUUUGUUGCUUAAGAUUUGUCCAGUUCAAAUUUCAAAGCUUGCUGGGUCAUUUUUAAUGCACUAGAAACAUCCUGCCUAGUUAUGUGUUGCUUAAUUGCUGUUCUUUGUUUAUUCUGAAUUCUGGACCCUUUUUGGACUAGGAGUUAAUUAAACUUAAAAAAACGAAGAGAACAGAAAUGAGUCAGGGCAUUGGGGUUGCAAAAUGUGGGAAACAGAAAAGUCAAUGUUUGAGUGUAGAAGAAAAAAAGAGGAUCAUGUAGAUUUCAUCAAAGCAUUAGUGAAGAGAAUAUGCUUAAUUGAAGAACAAAAUGGGUCUCUUAAAAUCAUUUAGUUUAGUUUAAUCGACAAUUGUUUUGUAAAUUAUAGACUUUAACAGCUUGCUUUUUUUAAUUCAAAAGGAAAAGCACUUAUCCUCUCAGUGUCUAAAAGUGUUUUAUAGUAAUAAUUUGUAUAAAAAUUGAAUUUUGGAAUAGACUUUUUGCAUUUUUUUAUUGUGGUAAAAAACAUAAAAUUUGCCAUCUUAACUAUUUCUAAGUGUACAGUUCAGUACUGUUAAAUACAUUCACAUUGUUGUGAAACAGAUCUCUAGAAUUUUAUCUUUGUAAAACUGAAAUGUUUUACCCAGUAAACAACUCCUCUUUUCUUUCACUCCACUGUGGAAUGGAAUUUUGACCACGUAUAAAUUCAACACCUGAUUUAUUUAGUAGUUAGUGUUUGCACACUCUGAAGUCAUGGUAAACGUCAAGUCUCUAAAAUUUGGGGCAAUAGCAUUUCUCUCCCUCUGCCCCAAUUGUUAUUAAUAAUAAUUGGGUAGGUUUUAAAUGCUUGUUUAUUGAAAGAGUUUGUUGUUUCAUUUUGAGUCAAAGGGGGAGAAACAUACGUUAAGUAUCACAACUAGGUAAACUUGGAAUUUGUAGCAAAUUGGGGGGAGGUAAUAGACUUUCACAAAUUAUGUGUGCCUUGUUGAAAAUGUCCAUUGUCUUUAAAUUUACCAUCAAAGUUUCAGAAUAUGUUUUUCUCUCAAAAACGUAACCUAAUUUUACUUGCUUGAAUAUUAUGAUAGGAAUGCUUACUGAUAUUACUUGAUAAUAUAUAUCCUUGGAACUUUAACACACACAUAUAUAUCAAUGGCAGUAUUAAUGAUUCCACUUGUACUUUAAAACAUUAAAUUUGAGGAAACUUUAAUGUCUUGUGUAUAGUGCUUUACUACAGUGAGGGGGGAAAUUCUUUAGAUUGAGCUUCAAUGUACUGAUAAAUGGUUAGUAGUGGGUUAAACUGUAGUAUAAAUGUAAACUAGAUGGUGGAGCUGAUGCAUUAAAAUUGUAAGUUGCAUUUUCUACCUCCUUUUCUGUCAGAGUAUUACUUUUUCCGUCAUUUUUUCUUAUGUGUGGUAAAGAGGAAAUGAGAACCUGAGAUUAAAAUUGAGAUUUUUAUUUUGUUGGGAACUUAAGUGGUAGGGACAGGAGAAGUGACUUGUCACGUUAAUUUGGUGCCUGAAUCCAUAACUAUAAGAUAAUUGGUGUGUACAAAAUGUCUUAAGAUAAUAUUGCUGAAUAUUUUAAUUUUCCUGUAUAGUCUCUUGAUUUGUUUCAUAAACAUGACUUCUUUCCUCCAAAAAAAAAUCUUAUAAUUUUUAUAAAAUAAAUAAGUGUGCCAUUUUGUUUGAGAUAUAAUUUCAGGAAGCUAUUGAAAGUUCUGACUCAGGGCUUUUUAACAGUUUAAGCAAUUGUUAGUUUUUUGGAAACUCCAUCUACAUAAUUCUUCAGUGCCUUGAAAGAAUUAUUAACUUGGCAACACUAUUAAACUUUAUAGAAGAUGGUCUCUAGUACACGUGUGACAUUAUAUACACGUUUAAAAGUCAUACUACUUAAUCUUGUGUCAUAGCGAUACUGCACAUGUGCUGGGUUUGCAUAAUUCUUUAAAGGAAGUUUUCUAGAUUUGCACUUGAUAUUUGUUUUUUUUAAUAUACUGAUAAUUUAUGGCCAUGACACUGUUACCAGAAAAAUGUUUCUAUGUUGUCAUUAUGCAAAGUGAUCUACAAGUAAUUUCUGGGAAGAGAGUGAGAGAGAAAGCUUACACAGUUUGCUGUUUAGUAUUAAUGGAGGAUAAGUUUGGGAAACACAGAUUGUGUUCCCCUCAAACGAAACAAAACAAAAAAAAAAUGAUACCAUUUAAAAAUAUUUUUAAAGGAAAUUAUGAAUUGCAUGUCAUUCUUCAUUAUAGUCUUAGAGACUAAAUCCACAAAAUUGUUUUUCUAUGUUCAGUAUGCUUGUGUCUUUCUAAAUGCAUUCUAAUCAGUGAUAGAAAACGGUUUUAGUAGUGUUUUGCUCUGUAUUCAUUAUUUAGCUUUCAAUAUUGGAUUAGGUUAAAAAUCUUAUUUGUGGAUGUAGUUAUGUAUGGCAAAGGAUUCUUGCUUACUAUCUUUUGUUAAAAAAUGCUAAUAAUGAGAGCUAAGCUUUUAAAAACAAAUGCAGACAUUUACCAUGAAUAAAACCUGUGGUGUAAUAUCA